AAUUGUGCUUAUCUGGUACGCUACACAGAAAUGUCACUGAUCAUGUUGGUACAUCCAUUCUGCUGGCGCUUUACUUGAGACUCUUUCUUUUAUGAGCAUAUAACCGUUUAUUAUACCAUCCCUUUUCCUGUUGCUAGUGUGUAAAAUAGAUCUAUAGCUAGCUUUAGUUGCAAGAACGCACUGCUUCUGAGCUUCACCGCUUCACGGCUUCAGUGGUUGAGAAACUGUCAGGGGCUUUUGCUGCAAGGCAGAGCUUUUCUUCUGCGGCCUGCUGCUGUUGCUACGUGGCAGCAGGCCGUGUGAAGGGGCCAUACCUAAGCUCACGCGGACAUGGCCACACCAAUAAUGCUCCCGGGGCAAGCCAUUAAGACCCCUGGGAGUUUAUGGGCAAAAGCUAUAGAGCAAGCAAACGAAGAGCGUAAAAAGCCUGGAGCGGAUGGCAGGGGCGACGCGUUCUGCUACUUUGUUGGGACAAGAGCCUCGGGGAAAAGCACGCUGCUUAACCGCUUUCUCUAUCCUACUCGGGCGGAGGUGCCGAAACCUUCAGAAGGCAUUGAGUACACGUACGCCCGCAAGCCUGCGGCGUACGACCAUGAAAAGAAGGACCUGGCGCACAUCUGGGAGGUGGGCGGCAGCCAGGAGUUUGCAGAGGAGAUCGUCAGCUCAGAUCAGCUCUUUCUGACGGCUAAGCAGGUUACCACGGCCGUAGUGGUGGUGGUGGUGGACUUGUCCGACCCCGCCGGCGUGCUGCCCACGCUGCUGUGGUGGAUGGAGCAGAUCAAGAAGAAGCUCGGCUCAACGUACGACAAGUUUGAGAAGAAGGGGCUGCAGCUGCCGGAGCAGCUGCGCCAGCGUGCCAAGUCCAAGUUGUAUGCCUCCAAUGAGGACAAGGACGCGGUGUACCACAGCGGCAUCUCGCUGGUCAUUGCCGCCACAAAGUACGACGAGUUCAAAACGCAGGACCCGGAGGUCAAGAAGGUCAUGUCCAGGACUCUUCGCUUCGUGGCGCAUGCGCACGGCGCCUUUCUGUGCUACCUGAGCGGGCUGCAUGGCGGCAGCGACGGCGGAGGCGGUGAGGACGCAGCGCUGCUGGACAACUUCACUCGCCUCAUGAACCACCUCAUAUUCACGGGGCUGGAGAAGAAGCCUGUGCUGAAGAUGCAGCCCCAGGUGGACCACAACGGGCCCAUCAUGGUGCCGGCGGGGGCGGACACCUUCCGGGCCAUUGGGCGGCCGCGCGGCGCGGGCGACAGCAGCGUGGCGAGCGGCCUGGCGGAGUGGCGGGACCUGUACGAGAAAAUGUUUCCAGGUGUGCGCGAGAAGGAGGCCAAGCUGUCCGCCAAGGGCGCCAAGUUCGUCAUCCCGGACCAGUACAAGGAGGAGGAGGUGGACGCUGUACGGCAACGCAAGCUGACGGACCUGGAAAACUUCCGCAAGGAGCAGGUAGCGGCGGCGGAGGCGGCGAAGAAGAAGGCCCUCAUGGCCAAGGCGCAGCAGGCGGAGGCGGCGGCCAAGAAGAAGGCGGGAGCACCCGCCGGCGCCAAGGGAAGCGGCCCCGCGAAGGCGAGCGGGAAGCCCCAGGCACCCAGUGCAGCCUCACCUCGGCGGCCGCCUGCAGGCAGCUAGCCGGAGCAUAGGUGUGGGUGCAUACCGAGCGCGCGUGGGUUGUGAAAGACGUGACGAUACACAUAACGGUAGCCAACGUGACUCAACUUGACGUACUAGAGAACUAGUGACAACAUGGACAAGAGACAUCUUGUCUUGUCCCGGAUAACUUACGAGGAUGUCGCGCGUGCGUGCAGAAGUGAGGCCGUUGGUGUGAGGCCAGGCUUACCGCAGGUGUAGCAAGCCAUUGUGCGGGUUGUCGGUAGGACAUUUGCACUAGGUAGCUGAUGCGCGCUGGCGUAAACUUCGAUUGCAUGGCUUGGGCACUUAGCUAUACCGCAUGCGAACCUGUCGCCAAGAGGUACGACAGUUGUACAUAGAGAACGCUAGGCGUGAAGGGGCAAAUGCCGUCCUUACGCAAGGGUGUUUGUGGAUGUGUGGUACUGGUACCUGCCGUGUAGGCAGAAACCCCAAACAUGAUAUCACCUUGUCCGACGUUCAUCGUUGGUCAUGAACUUGUGAUACCUUGGCCUCGUCGAGCGCAAGAGUCUGCGAGUCAUUUUGGACUCCAGGCCUUCGCUCCGCAUGUAGGCGUGACGGCCACACAUUGUGCACUACCGGACCCUUAAAUGUAGCUUCAAGCUGAG